AUGUUUACAGUUUCAAUGAACAACACUUUUGUGAAAGAGGAGAUAAUAACUGAUGAAGAAACUGAAGAUGUUGAUUUAAGUGAUGACACAAUUGUAGUAUCAUGUGGUUCGUUAACAGGACUUCUUCAUAUGUCAAAAUUUCUAUGUCCCGGAAUCCGUCAGCCAUGUAUUCAAGUUGGAGGUUGGUUGAAUUAAAAAAAACAACAUUUCGUAAUCAAAAUUUUGCAGCUGAAACCGAAUUGAUUUCCCCAAAAGAUUUCACAAUUCGAGCAAAUAAAGAUCGCCAAAAAGAUUGGAAGGGAAGUAUUCGAAUGGGAAGAAAUAGUGUCAGAACAUUGAUGGAGACGAAAAAACUCGAUUUUUACAAUCACGCAACUUUUUGCUCUGCAAAAUGUCAAAGUCGUAAUUAUAUUACACCGAAGGAGAUUUCAGACAACAUGAUUCCCUCUUCUUCUUCCUCUUCAUUGUGAGAUUUGUUUUUUUUUUUUUGAAGAAAAAAAUGAGUAAUAAUCAGCAAAAUUAUAGGCGUCGACAAAGUCUUCCAGCUCGAAGCAGACACAAAAACGAUGACAUAACUCUUGAAGACAUUUUGAAAAUUCCCGAAUUCAGUCAUCUUUUGAAAAUGAAGGAGAGCGAGAUAGAGGAGAAAAAAGAAGAGGCGUCGAAAAAUUCGCUCAAAGAUAUUCUGAAUAAACCGCCGAUUUUGGACAAUGCAACAUCGGCUGAAGUUGAAGAAUUGUGUAGAAAAAUGAAUAGUGGUUCGUUUUUCUUGAGUUGUUUGAAUUCAAAAAACAAAAAAAUAAUUGAAAUAUUAUAGAUCCUAACGCGUUUUGGACUGAACUAUUAAAAAUGAGUGUGGCGGAUGAAAUAAUUGAUCAAAUGAUUUCAUCACUCAAUACAAUGCGAUCAAAACUAAAAUAUGGAAAUAUAAACAAUGGUAGCCUUGUAUUUUUCACCAGUAAAUACAAAUUUUUUAAAUUUCAGUUGCUCCAUUUCUUUCUCGCUCAGUAACUUCACUUGGUAUGAACGACCGAGUCAGAAAUUCGAUAAAUGUCAGAAAAACACAUCUAAGAACUCAGCGUUUGAACGAGAAUGGCACCUCGUUUAUCCCACGAAAACCGAUUUUGGGUGAAAUUGUGCAGGCGAAAAUUACGCCCGCUUCAACUUCCUCGCCGUCAGUUCGCUCGUCAAUAGGUUUGUAUUUAUUCUAUAUAUUCACAAGGGAAGAUCGUAAACAUCCUAAAAUCGCCCUAAAAUAUAGUUAUGACGUGGCAAAUUUUGGCCAAAAUCCGGUGCUGUAAUUAUUUUCAGAGAAAUAAUUUUGAACUCUGAUUUCACAGCGUUUUCUCUGGAUAUUAUAAUUCAAAAUUGUUGCUCUGCUGAAAAUAAUUACGAUUCUUUGCCACGUCAUAACUAUAUUUGGGCGAGUUUAGGAUUUUUUUAACAAAAAUCUCUUAGGGUAGUUUUUUCUACUUCCAAACUUCCCUUGUCAAAUCUCCAAUUUUUUGAAUACAUUUUCUCCAAUUUUCAGAUUUUUCGUCUUUGGAAGAACCCGAAUUAGCUCUUAAUAAAUCAAGAAAACGAUCACUUCCAUUCAAAUUCGAUGCAACAAAUAACGAACCAUUGCUCAAAAAAGAUUUGUUGCCAAAUCACCUUGAAGUCAAGAAAGAAAUCGAUUUUGAGCUCGAGCCAAAAGAUAGUUUUGAGGUUUGUCUGAAAUAUUUCUUUCAAAUAAAAAAUCGAUGAUUUCAGAUCGAUACCACCAACAUUCUUCUAAUGAAUCAAUCUCAAUCUUCACAAGAUCUUCUCAUGCAAAUUGCAGCUAGUAUAGGAGAAAGUACAUAA